AUGGAUAAGCCGCUUCUUAUUUGUCAGGAGGAGCCCCUCCGCAACCCAAGAAGCCUCAGCGCCGGGCGCACAACCAGACUCUUCACACCCGCGGCGUCCAACAUCACACCCCCAUUUCACACCUCCCAGUUCGCAGAAGUUGGACAAAUGCGGCACCAUCUCGAAGCAUACCACACCCACCUAUGGGGCGCCUUCUACCUCACGCUUGCGAUACUCGGUGGUGUCUUUGCGGGGGCGCUCAAGUGGCAGGCGCAGACCGAGUUUACCGGGGAGCAGGUUUGGAUCUGGCUUACUCUCGUUGGCAUCCUUCUCGACUUUGCCCCUGGGCUGGACUCGAUGUUGAAAGCCGCUGGAACCCCGCCAAACGUCGUACUACGGACCCAGGUGGAACAGCAGGAUCUCGUUGCCAUCCACGAACUUGGGCUUGGGAUACACAUGACGAUCAAGACUCGGCUGAGUUGCGGACCGGGAGUGAUUGCCAGUCUCUGCAUAAUCGGCCGACAUCACUUACAAUGA